AUGGCUAUGGAAUGCAGAGCCGUUUCAACCCUGCUACCUCCAGAUCCUCAGGAACAAGAACUAAUACUAGUGAAAGUGGAAGAAAGCCUUUCCUGGGGGCAGAAAUUAAAGCAGAAUGGGAGUACUCGAUCUUGCCAAGAAUUGUUUCGCCAGCAGUUCAGGAAGUUUUGCUACCAGGAGACACCUGGGCCCCGGGAGGCCCUGGGCCGCCUCCAGGAGCUGUGCCACCAGUGGCUCAUGCCAGAGUUGCACACGAAGGAGCAGAUCCUGGAGCUGCUGGUGCUGGAGCAGUUCCUGAGCAUCCUGCCUGAGGAGCUGCGGGCCUGGGUUCAGCAACGUGGUCCCAAAAGUGGCGAGGAAGCUGUGACUCUGUUGGAGGACCUGGAGAGGGAAUUUGAUGAUCCUGGGCAGCAGAUUCCAGCUAGUCCACAAGAACAAGCAUUACCAUGGAAGGAUCUGACAUGUCUUGGAGCAUCCCACGAGUUAAACACCCAACUCCAGCCUUUAAAGGCACAGCUGAAACCUUGGGAACCUUGCCUUUACCCCCAAAGUGAUCAUGAGAACAAUGAAUCGACAAAGGAGGAUAUUUCAGGAGGAAAAGCAGGACUUCCCCAGGAACUUUCAUUCAGAGGAAUCAGUGAACACAAAAGCAGCUUCGAGUGGCAGCAAGGAAGUGCUUCAAGGAAGAAAUUAGGAGGCUCCCCUUCCCCAGCAGGCAGUUUUACUCAAGCCAUCACACACAGAUCUCUAAGCAAGAGAUUCCAUCAUGAGCCACAAAGAAGCCUGAUUCUAAGUACAAACUCUAUAACAUUUCAGAAAGUUCCUACAGAAGAGAGACCUCAUAGAUGUGAAGUAUGUGGGCACAGGUUUAAACAGCAUUCCUCUCUAACACAACAUCAGAGAAUCCAUACUGGAGAAAAGCCCUACAAAUGCAGCCAGUGUGGGAAGGCCUUUAGCUUGAGGUCGUAUCUGAUUAUUCAUCAGAGAAUCCACAGUGGUGAGAAAGCAUAUGAAUGUAGUGAGUGUGGAAAAGCCUUCAAUCAGAGCUCAGCUCUCAUUAGACAUCGGAAAAUUCAUACAGGUGAAAAAGCUUGUAAGUGUAAUGAAUGUGGCAAAGCAUUCAGUCAAAGUUCCUAUCUCAUCAUCCAUCAAAGAAUUCAUACUGGUGAGAAACCCUAUGAGUGUAAUGAGUGUGGGAAAACCUUUAGCCAAAGCUCAAAGCUUGUAAGACACCAGCGAAUCCACACAGGAGAGAGACCUUAUGAAUGUAAUGAAUGUGGGAAAGCAUUCAGGCAGAGCUCGGAGCUGAUAACCCACCAGAGAAUACAUAGUGGAGAGAAGCCCUAUGAAUGCAAUGAGUGUGGAAGAGCCUUCAGUUUGAGCUCAAAUCUCAUUAGACAUCAGAGAAUUCAUAGUGGAGAGGAACCUUAUCAAUGUAUUGAAUGUGGCAAAACAUUCAAAAGGAGCUCAGCCCUUGUUCAGCAUCAGAGAAUCCACUCUGGGGAUGAAGCUUAUAUAUGUAAUGAAUGUGGGAAGGCUUUCAGGCACAGAUCAGUCCUCAUGCGCCAUCAGAGAGUCCACACUGUAUAA